CAGAAAUUGAUUUCGGGUCAAAGGUCAAAGGACAACGACCUCGAACGUGCCCAGGUGUGCAUUGCUUCGUGUGUUGUUGAUAACAUUUGCUGAAGCCUGUCCUGACAAGUUUUGAUGUGUAAGAACUGGAGGUGAUCACUUGGUAGAGGCAUCUGUUGUCUGCGUUUGCAUCAUCAACGUAUAUAAGAUCCUCGAUCAAGAUAUGGGAGACAGAAAACGGAGCCUACCUCAAGAUGCAAAAGAACCGGACAGCAAACGGAAGAAAUCUCAGCCCGCUUCCGGGUCUAUAAAGAGGGGGAAAGCAAGUUCAAGUCUUAAUCCGAAUGUUCCCCAGAUCUUUCAAGACGUCAGGGCGUUCCUACUUCCAGCAGGACUGGGGAAGGCGAGGAUGGACAUCUUCAAACGGCAGAUUCCGCGGUUUGGGGGUGAUCUCCACGGAAAGAUCACCGAUAAUACCUCUCAUAUUGUUGUGGACGAUAACAUGGACUAUGAUAGACUCUGUCGAAUCCUGAAGGUGGAAAAACCACCCGAACACGCAACUGUAGUACAGGCAAACUGGGUAAGUGACUGUAUCGAACGCCGAACACUGCUUGAAGCAGAUGAGUACACAAUCAAAGCCCCUGCCUCUGUGAUACCCCAGAAAAAAGCAACAUCUAAAGAUGAGAAGGAUGUCAGCCAAUUAGGGGUCAGAUCACAAGCUGUUAGCCAAUCAUAUGUAGCCGUACAGAAGGUUGAUGAUGUGGGUGAGAAGGGCAGUGGAGUGGAGAGUGCAGCAUCAUCACAGCCGUCCCCUGCCAAGGAUGCCUGGUGGUGGAGGAAGAACAAAACCAAAGUUCCCACAGGUGAGGACAGUGAUGACAGCAGCUACGUCCCCACAGAUGAGGAGGAGGAUGAUGAGGAUGCAGGAAACCAGGAGGAGGAGGGGGAGUCAACCCCAUCUACAUCUGCCUCCUCCACACCCAACACCUCCCCUCACAAACUACCACGGGGAAAGUGGGUAUGUGCAGAGCCCUCUACCUCCAAAGGUGUGAACUACAACAAGCACAUCACUGACAAAUUUCAGUUACUGGCGAAGGCAUACAAGAACACCAGCGACCAAUGGCGUGCCAUGAGCUACACCAAGGCCAUCGCUAUACUACAGAGGCACCCCAAACCUAUCACCUCAUGGGAGGAGGCCCACAGUCUGCCAGGUGUUGGGCAGAGACUUGCGGACAAGAUCUGGGAGGUGGUGGAGAGCGGGCACCUGCGGAAGCUGGACCACCUGGGUCCCGAACACGAGGCCCUGAACCUGUUCAACGACGUGUGGGGAGCCGGGGCCAAAACUGCACAACAGUGGCUGCAGCAGGGUCUCCGUACGCUGGACGACCUGCGGACGAAAGCGAAGCUGACGCGGCAGCAGCAGAUCGGACUGAAGCACUACGAUGACUUCCUGGACAGGAUGCCGCGGGACGAGGCAGCAGAGAUAGAGAAAACUGUGCGUGAGAUGGCAGAGUCUAUCAACCCAGGUCUGAUGGCGAUGGCGUGCGGUUCGUACCGGCGCGGGAAGACCAACUGUGGGGACGUGGACGUGCUCAUCACGCAUCCAGAUGGGAAAUCCCACAAGGGGAUCUUCCAGAAAGUUCUGAGUGGACUCAGGGAAACAGGUUUCCUGACAGAUGACCUUGUGACCCAGGAGGACAAUGGAGAACAGAAGAAGUACCUGGGAGUGUGCCGUCUACCUGGGGAGGGCAGGAAGCACCGCCGACUGGACAUUAUAGUCGUGCCAUAUGGUGAGUUUGCCUGCGCCCUGAUGUACUUCACUGGCUCAGCACACUUCAACAGGUCCAUGAGGGCACUGGCAAUCAAAAAGGGCAUGUCUCUGUCAGAACACUCCCUGAACACUGGAGUCAUUCGCAAGGGGAAAGAGAAGAUAUUUGGCGGCACCCCCCUCCCCUGUCACACGGAGGAAGAUGUCUUCAAACACCUGGGCCUGGACUACAGACCCCCUCAUGAGCGAGACUGGUGAUGCAUUAACCCCCCCCCCCCCACACACACACACCUGUAAAGGAAGAACCCCCUCUUCCUGACUUUGUACCUUCCCCUCCAAGAAUCUAAGACAACUAUUCCUGUUUCAUAACUACAAACUCAUGAAGGCAUUUACUUUUUAUUCACUAAAUGUAAAACAAGAACACCUGUUUUCAGAUAACCAGAUUCUCAUGGUUACCAACUGGUAUCUAUCCUAGGUGUGUAAAUUAUGCUCUGAAGCCCACAAGUUUACUGUUGCUAUUCGGUCUGUACAUAUGUACAUUCUCCCAUACAGAGCUAUACUGUGGCAAUACUGCCUUGGUGAUACAUUGUACCACUUGAAGGCAGUAUUGCUGUGGUAUAUCUCUGUGUGGGAGAAUCAAUGACUCUGUAUUGAUUUUUUAACAGUUGUAGCUGCAGGGCAGACAGGAAGUUGCUUUUGUAACAAACAAUGGUUGGCACAGCUUGUGUAGGAGAUAUCCAAGCAGGUAACUUGUGUACAUAGAUCUACUGUACUGUAAACUUUCUGUGCAAUAUGACAAAUGUAAUAAUCACAUUUACUGACGACUAUUAACGGUCGCUUGAAAUUCAUGUACUGAGUAGCUAAUGAAUUGUUUUUCUAUUGGAUUUUAAUGCACACUGAUACUGAUAGAGAAGAAAUAAGUAUUUUAGCUGUUAUGUGUCAGUUAUUGAUUGAAUUUGCAAAUGUUACCAAGCAGAAUGUUACAUGAAGGGGGUGUGCAAAAAUAAGGGGGCUCUACAGGAUUUUACGUUUUAGCCAGUGGUUUUUAGACAUAUUCAUUUUGAAG